GAGAGACAGAUCCCUCUCAUCAAACUACUACCAUGUGACCUGUUCAGAACCCAGAUCCACCAUUUUCCAUUUCCUAAACCAAGUUAUAUAUUUAACGUGCAGAAGUUACAAAAACACUGGUGGUACGUUGUGUCCACGCCCCGCCUCUGCGCGUUUGGGGGACCUGCAAAGUAUUUGUUUAAACCAUAAUAAUAAGAAAGUUAAACAGCCAUCUAGUCCCUCCCACACUUUGCUCUCGAUUCAAAGUCAUCUCUUUCUUUCUCUCUUAAGCACGUACAGAGAGAUAAUGUAACAGCAAGAAUCGAUGGGGAAGAGAACGGCGAAAAACCCCAAAUCCCAUACUCUCCCAUCCUCGCCCUCUCACUCUUUCUCUUCCUCUUCCUCCUCAGAUUUCGAGUUUACCAUUUCUGUCUCCCCUCGCAAAGCUUUCACCACUCUCUGCCCAGCCGAUGAGCUCUUCUACAAGGGCCAGCUCCUGCCUCUCCACCUCUCUCCCCGCCUCUCCAUGGUCCGCACUCUUCUCGCUUCCUCAAGCACCUCCUCCUCCGACACCACCACCACUGCCUCCCGAGACUCCACCGGCAGCUCCAACGACUCACACUCCUCCUUCAACAGCGACCUCGUCUUGCUCGUCGACUGCGACUCGUCCAGACCCAGCUCAGUCACCGAGGACGACGACUUCAAGCGCCUUCCCAACCCUAAACUCCAAAGUCAAAUCCAUUUCGGCCACCAGAUUAAGAAGAGCAAGUAUUUCUCCUUCUCAAGAUUCUCAUCUGUAUUCCGAAAAGAACCCAAAAACCGUGACCCCGAUAACGUAUCCGCGUCUUCUGUUAAAAGAAUGAGCACUACGGCUAAAGAAGUUAUCAGAAGGUAUUUGAAAAAAGUGAAACCGUUGUAUGAAAAACUAUCCCAGAAACAGCAGCAGCAGCAGCAAAAAAUGGGUGGAGUUCCGUGUACGAUGCUAGCUACCGCUGUGUCUUUGCCGUCGAAAGCAGAGAUAUCAGCAAAAGACACGGAAAUAUCGGGGAAAAGUACGAGGAAAGAAAACGGCGGUGGAUUUUCUCACUCUUUCUCAGGCAACUUGAGGUAUCCAAGAAGGAGAAGCUGCGUUUCAAGCUGUCCGUCGUCGAUGCGUUCGUCGCCGACUCACUCGGGGGUUCUUAACCGUACCGGGUAUACGGGAACGGGCAGGGUUGGAGGGGUGAACUACACCGACACGUCGUCAAUGGAGGAGUUGCAGAGCGCUAUUCAAGGAGCAAUUGCCCAUUGCAAGAAUUCCAUGAUUCAAAACAAGUCUAUGCUCAGUAACGAGAUCUGAUCAAAUCUGAGACUGAAUCAACUGAGAUUUAAUUUAGUUUAUUGUGUAACGCCUCUGUGUUUGUAGUUUUUGUGAUCUCAGACACAAAAGGAUGAGGGGAAAAAAAAAGUGUUUAACCUUUUUAUUAUUUUUUUCCCCCUCUUUCUCGCCUGAGGCCAACGUGGGGUAAAAGCUGCAGCAUGCAUGUGAUGGUAUUUGUUGGAUUUGCUCGUAAAUUUGGCAUCGAAAUCCAACUGAUCUGUGAACCUCACUGUUUCGUCUUUCGAACUUGUAAUCGUUUUAGGUACUUUGACAACGAGUGUUUAUCUC